AUGUCGUGGUUGGUGUGGAAUAUACGAGGGACCAACAAGAGAUUGAAACAGAAAGAGUUGGUCACCUUCAUUAAGGAGAAUAAUGUUAAAUUAGUGGGUUUAGUAGAAACAAGAGUCAAGAAGAAUAAUGUAGCCUUUAUCACAGACAGAAUUGCUCCAGGCUGGCAAGCUGAAUACAACUAUGAUUAUGCAGUAAAUGGAAGGUUAUGGGUACUAUGGGAUACAAAUGUAUAUGAGGUUACACCACUGGCCAAAGAGGCGCAAUAUAUCCACUGUGCAGUGAAGGGCAAGCAGAUCAAAGUAGAAUGUCAUAUGACUGUGGUCUAUGGAUACAACACAGUGGAACUUAGAAAACCUCUAUGGACUCACCAUCAGACUCUGUCAGGUAAUACUCCAUGGAUCAUAUGGGGAGAUUUUAAUGCAAUUUUAACUUCUCAAGAUAAACUCAAUGGUGCUUCAGUUACUAGUCAUGAUAUCAAAGAUUUUGCUGACUGUGUUCAAGCUCUGAAUAUAAAUGAACUAAUGUGGAUAGGGGAAUAUUAUACAUGGUCAAACAAGCAAAGAGGUGCAAACAGGGUGUACAACAGGAUAGAUAGGGCAUUUGGGAAUGAUGAAUGGAUGCUCCAAUAUGGCCAACUUGAUGUUGAUUAUGGUUUACCACAUAUAUCAGACCAUGCACCCAUGAUAAUAACCUUAAAGGAUGAUGAACCUUGUAUUAAAAUCCCAUUCAAAUUCUUCAAUGUUUGGGCAGAUCAUGAUCAAUUUUUGACAUUAGUAGAUGAAGCAUGGGAAGGCAGAGUUGCAUUGGAAGCUAUGAAAAAUAUAAACAAAGUUGAAUUCAAAGAUACUACUGGAAAAAUUGUUCAAGCCAGAAUUGAAUUGCAAGAUGUACAAACCAAGCUAGUUAGUCAUUACUCUGAUCAGUUGGUGAAUGAUGAAAAAGCAAUAUUAGAGAAACUAGAAAAAUGGUCCAUGAUUGAGGAAAGUAUUCUCCAACAAAAAUCUAGAGCUACAUGGGUGAAGCUUGGAGAUUCUAAUUCUAAAUACUUCUCUGCUGUAACGAAAGAAAGGAAGCACAAAAAGACUAUUUCAAUGUUGACUGCUCUAGAUGGGACAUUACUGACUGACAAGAGACAAAUUCAGGAGGAGAUAGUAGCCUUUUAUAGAUCACUAAUGGGCACAUCAUGA